CGAUCCGCACCCCGCAGGUGCCAGGAGGUGGCUGGAAUGGCGGAGGGAGAUGGAGCUGCUGUCCGACGUGGCCUACUUCGCCCUCACCACCUUGUCAGGUUAUCAGACUCUGGGUGAAGAGUAUGUUAACAUUGUUCAAGUUGACUCAAGCAAGAGAAGGGUACCUUCUUUUCUUCGACGGGCCAUCUUCGUUUCCCUUCAUGCUGUCGUACCCUAUUGCUUAGAAAAGGGAUUAUUGCAUCUGGAACAUGAGGUGCAGACAGAAGCUGGUGAGUCCAGAAUCUCGCAGAGCAACCCAGCACUUGGCUCAUCCAGCAGGACCUUAAUACGGAACUGGAUACAGAAACAAGUCGGGGAGCUUACAGAGCAGCAGAAGAAGACAGUCUUACAAAUUGUAUAUGUUCUUAAGCAAUGCAUACCUUUGCUUCAUCGACUACAUCUGGCAGUAUUCUACAUAAGUGGCACUUUCUAUCACCUGUCCAAAAGAAUCACAGGAAUCACAUACCUGCGUUUUGGAGGACUACAAGGAGAAGAUCAGAGUAUUCGAUCAAGCUACAAGUUUCUUGGAAUAAUUUCACUACUUCAUCUUCUUCUAACAAUUGGUGUUCAGAUGUACAGCUUCAAACAGAAGCAGAGAGCAAGGCAGGAAUGGAAACUACACCGCAACCUAGCUCAUCAGAAAACUAUGACCAAGGAAAGAACCGCCGGGCGCCACUCCCGCUGCACUCUGUGUUUGGAAGAACGGAGGCAUGCAACAGCCACACCUUGUGGCCACCUGUUCUGCUGGGAAUGCAUCACGGAGUGGUGUAACACCAGAACGGAAUGUCCACUGUGCAGAGAGAAGUUUCAUCCUCAGAAACUGAUCUACCUACGUCACUAUCAACUGUAAAGGAAAAAUCUGUUCUGUUUCAUGACAAGGGUCUCAGCUCUCAUACCCUUCAUAAAGCUGUCAUACAGCUUGAGUUAGUCCAAGAAAAAGAAUUUAUUACAAAACUGGUAACUGCCCGUGCAAGGUGGCACUUCAUUCCUGUUUUACAGGAUAAAUCUAUUCCUGCCUCU